AUGGGACUAAUUGAAGGAUUCAGGGUCAACAUUUUAGAAGUUAUUGGUAAGGACAACCUUUACACCUUUGGCCAAUACUUUUAUCCUCUUGACCUUGCUGAUGACCCCAUCACUUUUGCUGAGUUGAAGAGACAGCUUAGAGAUUCAAGAAUGGUCCAUAGUGAACCAUGGCUCGAUAGCCUAUCUGAUGACAUAGGCUUUUUAUUCUGCUUUGGAAUAUCGAGCGGGUCGGCUUUUUACAUGUUGAAAGGCAUGUACAACUCUCCUAAAGGUGAGCGGCUCAUUCGGGGCUCACAAGCUUUACGCAUGAACGCCCCUCGUUUUGCCAGCAACUGUGCCAUCUGGGGUGGUCUUUAUUCUGUUUUCGAAAGUUCGAUGACGUAUGUAAGGCAAAAGGACGAUCCCUGGAAUAACAUCCUCUCUGCUGCCGCUGCAUCCGGAUUCCUCAAGAUGCGCCAAGGCCUUGGCCCGGCUUCACGUUCGGCUCUCUUUUUUGGCGCGGCAGUGGCUCUCCUCGAGGGUUGGGAGAUCAUGGAUAAUAAGGCUACGAGUAAUGUCCAGUCCCAGUUGGAUAAGAAGUAG